AUGGAUCCAUUCAAUGACGUAUACCAAGAUGGUGUGGAACAACUAGCUAAAUUGAAGACCACUUCACCUAACUCACUAGAUUUCAACAACAUCAAAAAUGAACUAAUCGAGAUUAUAGGAGACCUUGAAAAUGCCAUCCAGUCUGUGAAACAGUCAAAGCAAAGGGCGGCCUUAGGCAAUGGUAAUGAUAGCUUUCCGGAGAUUGAUUUGUUUGAAUUAAGUGAGAGGGAAAAGAAGCUAGAAGACAUGAAGUCUCAAUUCAAUGGAGUGAUGAGUUCGGUAGACCUCAAGGGUCAUUACUCUGAUAAUCCUUUCAGUGGUGAGGCGGUAGAGGUGGACCCUAAGCACGUAGGAUUACCACCACCACAAAACGAGUCAGAUGAUAAUUACAGAGAGUAUCAUCAGCAGUUGUUGCAGGAGCAGGAUGAUCUCAUAUCCACUGGAUUGGCCACCUCAAUCGAGAAUCUACAUAGUCAGGCAGUUAAUAUAGGAGAUGAGUUGACCUACCACGAAGAGUUAUUGGACGGAGUUGAAGAAGAUCUAGAUCGUUUAAACUUUAAGAUCGUUAAUAAUGGUAUUAAACGGGUCAACAAGUUUCUAGCCACUAAUAAGAGGGGAGGUGACUGCUGUAUUGCUGUUCUCAUUGUCGUCUUAAUUAUAAUAUUGGUUUUGUUGAUUAUCCUAUGA